GAGAGAGGGAGGAGAAUGGAUAAGGGAUAUACGUAACUAGAGCCUCAAUUGUAGCAGCGAAAAUAAUAUAGAACACACAGUAGGCUACAGAAAGUAACAUCAAUAUGCGGGACUAGGCUGGAUAAGAGAAUAGCCUAUGGAUUAAAUAGUCUACCAAAUCGGGUUGACCAAUUGUAUCACCUGCAAUCAUUCUUUCAACGCUGUGGCCCUUGAUACAUUGUUUUUAUUCUCAAACAAUACUUUUGAAAACAUUUUGCGCUACGACGACUCGUCGCCUCUGAGAUCCUGCUAUUUAAAUAUAGGCCUACAUAAAUGUUAUAUGAUAUUAUUAUUUUUUUGGGGGGGGGGUAGUGGUUCACGAUCUACAUCCACUCUUGUGGCAAUGUCGAAAACACCGUGAUCUUAAUAACUGUGGCUAAACCGGUCGACAUACAUCAUUGUAGUGGAGUUAUCUGUGGCUUCCGUAGCUACGGUACUGCUUGGGUUGAGAACUCUUUCCAGCGAUGUUCUCACAAAUACAAGUUUCCUAAUAAUUGGACUGUUCUACCCAGACCAUAGCCACAAUUCUAAACCAAUAGAGAGUGAGUGGGGUUACCAGCAGAAGAGACCAAUAAGGCUUUCCUGCAGCACAGCACACAGUGACCAUGUCUUCCAGGGAGCGUCGGUCAGACCUGUACAUCAAGGCAGAGCCCAGCAGUCCAGAGGGAGGUGGUGGGGGCCGGGCCAGCCCAGGGGGAGCCUCCUCAGACUCCUCCCAGAGUGGUGGAGGUGGAAAUAGAGGAGACGGGGUUGGGCGCUACUCACCCCAUCUGUACACCCCAGCCCUGCGCUGCCACUUCAAGGAGGAGGGUGGGGAUGGGGCAGAGGAGGGAUCCACAGGUAGCGGAGGAGGGCGGUGCAAGUAUGCCCUGAGCACGCUACCUAAGAGACUGUGUUUAGUGUGUGGAGACGUAGCCUCUGGCUACCACUACGGUGUAGCCUCGUGUGAAGCCUGCAAGGCCUUCUUCAAGAGAACCAUCCAGGGUAACAUUGAAUAUAGCUGUCCGGCGUCAAACGAAUGUGAGAUCACCAAGAGGCGCAGAAAGGCUUGCCAGGCGUGCCGCUUCACCAAGUGCCUCAAAGUGGGCAUGCUGAAAGAGGGAGUCCGUCUGGACCGAGUCAGAGGAGGGAGGCAGAAGUAUAAAAGACGUCCAGAGGUGGAGAGCGCGACCUAUCAGAGUGCCGCUUUACCGCUUAGGAAGGAAGGGGAGAAAGGAUCCUCCAGCAUCAUUGUGUCCCACCUCCUGGUGGCAGAGCCAGAGAAACUGUUUGCCAUGCCUGACCCCCUGCAGCCUGAUACGGCUCAGCGCACACUCACCACCCUCUGUGACCUCGCCGACCGCGAACUGGUCGUCAUCAUCGGCUGGGCCAAACACAUCCCCGGCUUCCUGUCGCUGUCCCUGGCAGACCAGAUGUCGGUGCUGCAGUCGGUGUGGCUGGAGGUGCUGGUGCUGGGUGUGGCCUUCCGCUCCCUGGGCUGUGAGGAUGAGGUAGUGUUCGCUGAGGACUUUGUCCUUGACGAGGAGAUGUCUCGCGUGGCUGGACUGACAGAGCUCAACGCAGCCGUCAGCCAGCUGGCCCGACGCUUCCGCUCCCUGCAGCUGGACCGGGAGGAGUUUGUCAUGCUCAAAGCCAUUGCACUCACCAACUCAGACUCUGUGUACAUAGAGGACAUAGAGGCGGUGCAGAAGCUGAGGGACCUCCUUCACCAGACCCUAUUGGAGCUAGAGUGCCAGCGACGCCCCGAGGACCCCCAGCGGGCGGGGCGUCUCCUCCUCACCCUCCCCCUUCUCCGCCAGACAGCUGGUCGCGCCCUCACCACCUUCUACAGCAUCAAGACCCGAGGCGGCGUGCCCAUGCACAAACUCUUCCUAGAGAUGCUGGAAGCCAUGAUGGACUCGCCCUAGAGAGAAGAGAGGAAAGCCAAGGAAAGAGGAUGCAAGGGCAUGAGAGACAGGGAAUCUGCAAAGAAUGAAUGACUGGCUGGUGUGAUUGGAGAAGUUUUUAUUCGAUUUUAAUAAUGAAGAAUGUGGAGAUUGUCUCUGGAUUGUUUUUUUAAAUUUAUCAUCGACCUCUUCAGAGAUUCAAGUGUGUUUAAAAACAGAGAGAACCCAUGUACAUGUAUUAGAUGCCCUCUGUGGAGGUUGAUGGUGGAAUAUAACGCCUUAAUACAUGACCGCCAAACUUUGUUGAAAGACUCCAAGACUCGGUCAGUUCAAAUAUGGGAAUAAACUACAUCCAAAUCAAUCUGAAUGACAGAAUCAUAUUAGAUGCCCACUAUCCCUAACCUUCAGAUGAUAAACUACUGAAGGACUGCAGUGAGAUAUCUAAGACCAGACUGUAACCUUGUGGCUAAGACUUUAUUGUGAACGAUGCAAUUACCUCCCUCCACACAAAAGCCAUACUAAAAUACCAGACAAAGAAAUAGCCAUUGACAAUGACUGCAGUAUGGGGUCAGACUGACAUGCACCCAUAAGAGUAUUUGUAGGUUUCUUUACAUACACAGUCUUACAAUGCAUUCAUAUGAAUUACUUGCAAUGUGUUUUUAAGCAAUACUUUACAUACAAUUAAUUGCAAGAAAAACAAUAGUUGUGACUCGUAUGGCAAUGACUGGCUAUACAUAUAGGCUUAGGUGGCCAGGUGGGUGUGGAAAAACUGCUUUAUAAAAGGCUGUGCAAUUGAUUAUUAGUCUAAGAAAAGAAGAGUAUUAUGAUUGUCAACAAAAUGUUGACGUGUCUCUUUACUUUGAAGUUGUUAGAUUUUAUUUAUACUGUAAGUAGACUCAAUAGGUACACAAAAAAUGGAAUACUGCUCAAGUAGUUGUGUGCGAGACAGAAGGGAAGGUUUACUGCAGUGUUGGCACCACAUUGAAGCAAUGAAGGUGCAGCAAAAUCGGGGGGGGGGGGGGGGGGGGGGGGGAGCGACAGUUCUACUUUUUGGAAUAAUUGAUUCUCCAGAUCUCUUCGCUAGUCCUCUCCAACCCGUCUGAUUCAGAUGGAAUGUGCUGCUUAAAACCGUUAGUUUGAUUAACUGAAUUGGCCAUUAUGAGUGAUCAAAUUGACUUGGGACUAAAAUUAGGAAUUUAAACGGUUAUAUUUUCAUUGUUGUGCCAGCGGAACAGAUUGCUGCUGCUCUUGCAGCCGCUGAAAGACUGAAGAAAGAGAACCUAUGUUGUUUUGACCUGGAGGUCCUCGUACUGUGUAUGAUCUUUGAACUGCAAGAAUAUUGGUGCCCAAAUGGGGCAUUGAAUUGCAACACAUUCAGCCUCAUAUGGGAAGCUCCAGCCCAGUCUGACAGAUACCAUAGUUUUAAUCCUUUUCAAACCCACUGAGCACACACUGGUUGAAAGUAAUUUCAACGAAACUACAUUGAACCAACGUGGAAUAGACGUAUUACUAGAAAUAACUGAAAACCGUUAUGAAUGUGUGUUUUCACUGUUAAAGAAAACGUAUGAACAUGCCAAUGAGAGCUGAAGCCUGUAAAUGUAGGAGACGGUCCCUGACAUGAAGGAUGGAAUAGAUUAGACUGGUUGCCACUGUUAAUUGAAAUUCAUGCUUGAGUAUCUGGAUUUUCCAACUUCGUUUUUUCUUUCUUGGAUUUUAAGGCUAUCUCGCAUUUAAAUUGUUACACUUGGCCUCAGGUUUGGUACUGAAAUAAAGCAAUCCAUUGAGAAUGUUGUGACUUAUGUUUUUCAAAUGGAUUUUAGUAUGAUUUUUUUUCUUCUGACAAUGCUUUGAAUCUGUGAAGAAAACCAUGUCCUUUAGGAAUUGUUACACCAUUACUGAAUUGACAUACUCCCCCCUCUUAAGUAUCUCACCUACAUUAUCUGUCAGAGAUUCUGCAGUCUGUUCACUCUCCCAAACAAAUGUUCUAGGUUUAUAAUGUACCCAUUAAUUUCUGUUCUUCAUGGCUGUGGAUGUUUGCAUUUGAAGUUUUGAUUUGUGACUAUUUUAAUUCUGUGUUUUUUUUCUGUUUUUUUUCUUCAAUUGAACAGUAGCAUUUGGUGCCAAUUGGCUCAACUCUGUUCUAUAUCUUGCGGUCUGAUUUGUUCUUUGUUCAAUCAUUAUUUUGUCAUUUUGUUUCUUAAAGGCGACUUGGAAUUUUUGAAAAUGUGUAAACAAACAUGGAUGCCUGGGUCCAGUUUAAGAAAGUUGUAAAAAAAAUAUAUCUAAAUGUUUGUGUCAAUAAUAACUAAUAUAAUAAUACAAAGGUAGUGUUUUCAGAAGGAUACACAUUAUGUAAUGUCAUUUUGUCUGUCAUAUAUAGGUACGGUUCGGGGGGCAUUUAGAGUAUCACAAUUUAGAGGAUGUAAAAUCAUUGGUGGUUGUUGUAAAAUGAGCAAUACAAGAAAUUACCAAAACUCUGUUUCACAUUUCCUUGUAUAGUCACAAUGUAAAUUCAACAUAAACAGUAAUAAUAAUAAUAAUGACAUUUAAUAGUAGUACUAAAGCUUAUAACAUGGAAAAGUUCAAAUCAAUAUUUGUAUUUUUAAAAAUACUGUAUUUAAAAUAUUAAAUUCUAUUUUUUACUCAAUGUGCUGAUAUUUGUUGAUACUCAUUUGAUCUUUUGUGUGGGUUUAAGUAAAAUGGCUGUGAAUGUCUGUGUGUGUAUGUACUGUUUUUCAGUAAGCUACAAUAGUUAUUUUGAUGUGACUGUCUAAACAAAAUUAUUAAAUUACAGGUGCAUUAUUACUAUGAAGAAAAGACAAAUGCUACACUGAAGUAAACAAGGGGUAGAUUAAAAUAUUGUAGGUGCUUUGUGUUUUGUAAUAAAUUAACACACACCAUCACA